ACAUGAAAACAUAGAACUUUAUUAGAUGUGUCGUAUGCUUAAAUAAUACUUAAAAUUAUGAAAAAAUGACUGAAUUCCAUAAUAUAAGCGGUAUCUGUCGUUGUUGUCACACUCAGGGUACAUUCAAAAGUUUAAGCGAAUCCUGCGUUUACGAGGGACGUCAGGAGAUAUAUUUAAAUAUGUUACAACAAGCUUUUAAUAUAGAUGUCAAACCAAUGCCAGAAAUAGCCACAGCAUUUUCUAUUUGUGAUGUCUGCGCUCCGCGGUUAUGUGAUGCAUAUCUCUUCCACCAACAAGUGUUGUCCUGUGAACAAUCAUUCUACCACUAUUAUAACACACAUUAUAAAGCUACAUUCUGUGAUAAAGAAAUCAAAGAUGAGUUUCUAGAACAAGCACCUGAAGUAAAGGAGGAAUCGCAAUUUGAUCUAAAUGAUGACGGACCCAACCAAAAGUCUGAUGAUGACGAUUUUAGCGAUAGAGGGGACGCGGAUGAUCAGCCCUUAUCCACCCUUAGAAGUCAUUCUGGUCAAGAUACAAGCUGGAUGCCGCUACCUCAAGACAGAGACAGCAAAACCCUUCAGCGAACGAUAUCGAAAAAGUUCAGCUGUGAGAUAUGUGACAAGAAAUUUUCGUACAACGGCUCACUGGAAGUUCACAAACGGAUACACAGCGGCGAGAAAAGCUACCUCUGUCGCAUCUGCGACGCGAGAUACAGUCUCAAUAAAGAACUCAUUAAACACAUAAACACGACGCACUCACUAAACGGCUCGUUCCCGUGCACAGUUUGCGCGAAAGUCUUCGAGAAAGCGCGCCUUUUGAAGAACCACCUAUCCGUGCACUUCGGUGACGAGAAGUUCAAAUGCAGCCAGUGCGAGAAGGAGUUCCAGAGGAAGAAGGGGUUGAAGGAACAUAUGAAGAUACACACGGGCGAGAAGAACUUCACGUGCACCAUUUGUAAUAAGUCGUUCGGCCACAAUCAGACCUUAAAGUCCCACAUAUUGACCCACACGGGGGAGAGGCCUUACGUGUGUGACGUAUGCGGUAGGAGGUUCCCCCAACGGACGCACUUGAAGCGACACAUAUUCAUAAUUCAUACGGGAAUCAAACCCCACAGGUGUAAAGUGUGCAAUAAACAAUUUUCGAGUAAAAGCUACUUGUCGAUACACCAGCGGCAGCACACGGGCGAGAGGCCGUUCGCGUGCGAGGUGUGUAAGAAGGACUUCACGGCGUACACCACGCUGAAGGUCCACAUGCGAGUGCACACCGGCCUCAAACCGUAUAUAUGUUCGUUCUGUGAUCGGCAGUUCGCACAGAUGGCGAGUUUCAAACUCCACGAACGGACGCACACAGGCGAACGGCCGUUCUCUUGCAAAGUCUGCAAGAAAGCCUUUUCGGACAACGGCUACUUGAAGAUACACAUGCGUGUACACACGGGCGAGAAACCUUUCAACUGUGACGUGUGCAAGCGUUCGUUCCGAGAGACGGGUCAGCUGAAACGCCACAUGCGUGUACACACGGGCGUUAAACCGUACACGUGUAAAGUGUGUAAUAAACAAAUCGGUAAUUUGUCGAAACAUAUGCGCGUUCAUUCGGACGAGAAACCGUUUAACUGUAAUAUAUGUAAAAAACAGUUUUCUAUAAAUGGUAAUUUGAAGCUGCACAUGCGCGUGCACACCGGGGAGCGGCCGUUCAGCUGUGACGUGUGUAACAGUCACUUCACACAGAGCAGUGGUCUGAAAAGGCAUAAAUGUGUUCAUAUCGGCAAAAUUGAUUGAGAUAUUAGCUGGAAAGAGAAUUUCAUAUUUAAGCAAUACUAAAGUAGAUUUGUAAAUGAAAAAAGCUUUAUUCGUUAAACAUUUAAACAAAAAACAUAUAACAUAAGUUCCUAAAUUAAAAAAAAAUAUAUAUAUAUAAGGCUGUAUGGUAACCUACCUUUUUCCUAUUACAAAAGGUUCCAAUAAAUAAGAAAAAAGGUAUAAGAAUAUUAUGUACAGCCAUCGAUGCCCAAAUAAAAUCAAACAAUGUUAUAUAUUUUAAUGAUAAAUAAUAAAAUAUAAAUCACUAAUUUACAAGAAUUGUCAGUGUCGUAUGACAUGCAGUGUCCGGUAGCCGGCACACAGUGUAGUCCAACGAUUCAAUAAUAGCUCUGCAAUAAUAUACAAACAUUAUUGUUGUUUUUCAUUAAUAUAUCUUUAUUUAUAAUACAACACUAUUCAACAUAACUACUCAUAUCCCCUUUAAUUUUACUUCCAAAGACCCGAGCUACUUAGGAACCAAAUCCAAUGAACGCCACAGAUUAUUAAGAUCUCGACCAGUUAUGUCAUGUCUUUUAUCAUCUAUAUAAUCUUAUUUAUUGUUAUAUUUGCGUUUAUAUGAAAUGAAAAAUAUAUAUUUGGCUCUCAUAUUCUAUGGAUGUGCUUUAUCCAUAUGGUCUAUCGUGUUAGCUGAUUUUUAUAAUUAAUUCUAAUGUUUUGUUGGAAAGCAAAAAGUUAACAGUUUUGUUCACGAUGUAUUAAUUUAUGUAAGAACAUAUGAAAAAUAAUAUAAGCAGCAAAGUUGGCAUAAAUUCAAUGUUCCUAAAAUUUUAUACUUUGUUUAUUACCUAGGUAAAGGGUAAGUAGGGAUUAUAAAGCAAACGGGGGAGCGGUCGCUUCUGUGUCCGUCUGAACACUCAAAAAUUUCACCUUCCGCCUUGAUUUUCGGUUUUCACCAAUGGUAGGAGUGAUAAAUGAGUUAUGAGGAAGAUCUAGUUCUAGACGUAUAAUUUGUUAAGGUAUUUAGUGGAAGCCUGUGAAUGUGUCACAAUUAGUGUAAGGUCUCCCCUCUUAAGGGGAAGUUUCGAAGGUUAUUCCGUCACUCCAAAGCAUAGGACUAUUAGCUGACAAUACUACCUCACGAUGUUCUUCACCACCGAGCACGAGUUGAAUUUAAAAAAAAAAAACAAAAAUUUUUGUUUAUAUCCACUUCAUCUAUUGAGUAAGUAUGGAUUAACAUUAAUAAAAAAAUAGUUUUUUAGUUUUAACAAUCGCUCAAAUAUAAUAUUGUACUUAAAAACAUUUUUACUAAAUUAUAUGAUUUUUAUAUGUGACAAUGAUGUACGAAGAUUUAUGUAAAUAAUAAUUAAUAUAUUUUCUG